AUGAUGCCUUACAGAGAGAGACACAGGUGCCCUGCCCUGGCCCCACUGCCAGCUGCCAGUCCUCACCGUGUGAUCCGAGGCACAGCCUUUGCCUAUACACCCAGUCCUCAGGUUCUCCACCGGAUUCCUGGAGCCCCAGCCUAUGCCUUCCCCGGCAGAGGGCCAGGGGGGCUCCCUGAGUGUGGCUGUCUGUGCGGAGAGACCCUGGAACGCUAUGAGCCUGACCUACUGCCCCCCAAGUUGGCCCUGGAGGACACACAGACGUUAGAACCAGGGCCAUCCCAGAGGCUACGCUCGACCUGUGUCAAUCUCCUCAAGGUCCCCAUGAUGCUCGUCUUCCUCUACCUCUUUGUCUGCUCCUUGGAUGUGCUCAGCUCAGCCUUCCAGCUUGCCGGGGGCAAAGUAGCUGGUGACAUCUUCAAGGACAACGCCAUCCUGUCCAAUCCUGUGGCGGGGCUGGUGGUGGGGAUUCUGGUGACGGUCCUUGUGCAGAGCUCGAGCACAUCCACCUCCAUCAUCGUCAGCAUGGUCUCCUCAGGCUUGCUGGAGGUCAAGUCUGCCAUUCCCAUUGUCAUGGGCUCCAACAUUGGCACAUCUGUCACCAAUACCAUUGUGGCAUUGAUGCAGGCUGGAGAUAGGAGUGACUUCCGAAGGGCCUUUGCAGGGGCCACAGUCCACGACUGCUUCAACUGGCUGUCAGUUCUUGUCCUGCUGCCCCUGGAGACAGCUACGGGGUACCUGCACCACCUCACCCACCUGGUGGUCACUUCCUUCAAAAUUCGAGGUGGCCGAGAUGCUCCAGACCUGCUUAAGAUCAUCACUGAGCCCUUUACCCGACUCAUUAUCCAGCUGGAUAAAUCCGUGAUCAAUAGCAUCGCCAUAGGAGACGAGACACUUCGAAACCACAGCCUCAUCCGGAUUUGGUGUGACCCCAGCCCCUCAGAGGUUAUUACUGACAUGCCCCGGGCAGAGGCCAAUAUCACCUGGACCCUGGGGAACACCACUGGGGAGAAAUGUCAGCAUCUGUUUGUGGACACCUCAUUGCCGGACCUGGCCGUGGGCCUGAUCCUGCUUGCUGGCUCCCUUACUGUGCUCUGUACCUGCCUCAUCCUCUUGGUGAAGCUGCUGAACUCUGUGCUCCAGGGACAGGUAGCCAAGGUCAUCCAGAAGGUCAUCAACACUGAUUUCCCAUAUCCCUUCACCUGGGUGACUGGCUACUUUGCCAUGGUGGUGGGUGCAGGCAUGACUUUUGUGGUACAGAGUAGUUCCGUGUUCACCUCAGCCAUCACUCCACUCAUUGGUCUGGGUGUGAUUAGCAUUGAACGAGCCUAUCCCCUCACCUUGGGCUCCAACAUUGGCACCACCACCACUGCCAUCCUUGCUGCCCUUGCCAGCCCCAGAGAAAAGCUCUCCAGUGCCUUCCAGGUUGCCCUGUGCCACUUCUUUUUCAACAUUUCGGGCAUCUUGCUGUGGUACCCGCUACCGUGCACACGGCUGCCCAUCCACAUGGCCAAGGCCCUGGGCAGGCGCACUGCCAAGUACCGCUGGUUUGCUGUGCUCUACCUGCUGGUCUGCUUCCUGCUGCUGCCCUCACUGGUGUUCGGUGUCUCUAUGGCAGGCUGGCGGGCCAUGGUGGGUGUGGGGGCCCCUUUUGGAGCAUUGCUGGCCUGCGUUGCCCUAGUCAACCUACUCCAAAGCCGGAGCCCUGCCCGGCUGCCCAAGUGGCUCCAGAACUGGGAUUUCCUUCCCCACUGGAUGCACUCGCUGAAGCCCCUUGACCGACUCAUCACUCGAGCCACCCUCUGCUGCACCCACCCUGAGCCACGCUCCCCUCCACUGCCUGCCCGAGUUUAUCUUGAGGAGCUGCCCCCAGGCACACCCUCCCCACAACUUGGGGUGCUCCCCCAGCACAAUGCCACCAGGCUCUGA